AUGGGCAGCACCCUUGGUCUGCGGGUAUGUCUCGGCCACAGUGCGCACAGCUUGAACUCCUGCACAAUCUCUUCAAUCACGCGUCGUUCCGUCCAUAUCUUACGCUACUGUGGUCGACCGAAGACGCCUCGAAACUUCACUCUGCAGCAAAGCCUUCUGACGGAAGUUAUUCGCCGGUCUGGGUCACUAUCCAGCGCGCCGGCCCCUCCAACGACAUGGGUCGACCGUUUACCGAAGCCCGUACGACCGUACUUGUAUUUGACACGUAUAGAUAAGCCAAUUGGGACGUUGUUGCUAUAUUACCCCUGCACAUGGUCGAUCACUAUGGCCGCAUAUGCCCUUGAAGCACCCUUAACGACACCUCUAACGUACUUCAGCCUGUUUGGACUGGGCGCAUUGAUCAUGCGAGGAGCUGGAUGUACAAUCAAUGAUAUGUGGGACAGGAAGCUAGACAAGGGCGUCGAGAGAACAAAAACGAGACCUCUCGCUGCUGGGGAAAUUACGUCUACUCAGGCGUUCGUGUUCCUUGGCCUUCAGCUGACUGCUGGGCUAGGUGUGCUCACCCAGCUCAACUGGUACAGCAUUCUUCUGGGUGCUUCUUCACUAUGUGUGGUCACCAUCUAUCCCUUCAUGAAGCGGGUGACGCAUUGGCCCCAGGCUGUCCUUGGGCUCGCUUUCAACUGGGGCGCUCUACUUGGAUGGUCCGCUGUCGCGGGAGUCACGAACUGGAGUGUGUGUCUGCCAUUGUAUGCGGGUGGUAUUUGCUGGACGCUCGUCUACGACACCGUUUACGCCCAUCAGGACAAGAAGGAUGACGUGAACAUGGGCAUCCGCUCGACUGCCCUGCUGUUCGGGGAGCGGACACGUCCUGCGCUGGCCGCUCUGUCCGGUUCUUCCAUGUCCCUCAUCACCUACGCCGGCUACCUGAAUGGCCAAGGUCCCUUAUUCUAUGGUGGCGUCGCACUGGCUGCCGCCCAGCUCGCGCGCGUGGUGUGGAGGACCAACUUUGACGAUCGUCCGAGCUGCUGGAAAGGCUUCGUUGGAUGUGGUUGGUCGGGAUUCUGGAUUUGGAUGGGUGCCUUGGCAGAUUACGCUACAUUGUUGCUUAAUGCGUCGGGAUAGACCUUAAUUAAUGCAUUCUAAAC